AUGACCCUCCACUCCAACAUCACCCGCCGCCCUCCUGUCCGGAUACCCUUCGCCCACUCUCGGCCAUCCGCCCCCAGAUGCUGCCAUCGCCCAUUCUCCUCCUCGCCCUCCGCCCGCCAGAGUAUCGGUGAUGCUCUCAUCAACCAGGAUCCAUACAAAAGAAUAUGGUUCAUUCAACCCACGAGCUUCAUGUCCUUUGCGAGGGAUGGGGGAAGGACUCUGCAUCUAAGCCAGAUAUGGCCCGACUCUCUCUAUCACGAACCAUACUUGAUACCCUUCUGGGCAGUGACCAUCUUCAACGACCAGAUGGUCGAAGCCAUCCAUCGCCCCACCGGCUAUACCAAUUUCAACGCCCCAGCGCAAAGGCUGAGGUCAGAGAUAGGCGCUACUAUAGCUGCUGUCCCGGCUGAUCAUUGGGCCAGUGGCAUGUAUUUUGGAGACCACGCUCGCCAGCGCACCGUCAUCCACCACAAAAUCCUUGAAGACCCCUUCUCUCGCCUCGCCCAGUAUAUUCCCACUAACAAUCCCGGGUCACUGGUCCGUCCCACCAAUGAUGCGUUCGAUCCGUUCUUCAAGACAGACUUGUACAGUCCGCUGUAUACGCCCAAAUUCGCGUUGGGACCGCCAAAGAUGGAGCAAAGGGAUAUGGACAAGGUCGUGGAGAGUCAAAAGUUUGUGGCGAAUGCGGGAUGGGAAGAUGUCUUUACGAGGGUACAGGAUUCAAAAGUAUUCGCAGUGCCCGUCUACCGCUUAAUAUAUAAAGUCCAUCUCAGGGACGGGAGUAUAGCAAUGUGUGAUGGAGAGAUUCCGGGUGAGAGUCACAAUUUCCGGGUGAAUUGGCCCCAGGGUCGAUCCCAGGCAUCUGACAGCACGCCAAAAGUGAUAGGCAGGCUCGGAAGACUCAUCUGGGACGAAAUGGACUUGCAUCCCCCUACCUGGCGUCUCACCACCAAAGGCUCGACCGACGUCGUGUCCACCAUCUUUGAUACCAUGCGCCGAAGGGGCCCGAUGACACAGGGAAUGUGGGAGGAUGGCAAUAUAGUGCCUCUGAUAGGGCCGCGAGGGACCGCAAGUGGAGAAGAGCUAAUCCACUAUGGGGAUGACUUUAUCAAGAACCGGGGUAUAUCAGUACCAGAGCCAUCGUACCCCGUCAAAGUUCGCAACGAGCCUCGACGCUCCUCGUCCCUCUUCAGCAGCCCUGCAGCCACGGCUGAGCCCUCCAAACCUUCAUCGCCUCGCCCUUCAUCCUCCACCACCAAACCUGCCCCGGGCACAAGCUCGACAACACCAUCCUGGAGCUCGAGUUCCCUCAAGGACAAACGAGACACGCGAUUCAGCGCGUACGCCCAAAAGCAAGCCGAACGUAUCAAGGGUUCCAUCGGUGCUGUAGCCAAAGGCCGUACCGCCCGGCGCCUCACCCCGCAUGACCAGCGCGGAUACUAUGCCGAGCUUGGCUUGGAAGUCAGCGCCGACUUUCUCGAUGCGUCGAAGGCGGCGGAUGUCGACAAGCUUGUAAAAGACAAGUUCAAUGGGUUGUCUUUUGUAAGACAUCCGGAUCACGGAGGAACAGACGAGGGAUUCCAUAAUCUGGUGCUGUCGAGAGAUCACGUGGAGAGCUGUACAUCUAAUUUCCUUCUCCUGUUGAACAAGGCGCUGACGAAACAUAUAGAUCAGAAGAGGCUAUUUUACAAUAAACAAGUCCUGUCCUGUCCCGAGCUCUCCUCCUCCCAAUCCAAAACACCUCCUCCUCCUCCUCCUCCUCCACCACCACCACCAACUCCUCCUAGAAAGCCUCCCAGUUGGUCUCCUUCGCCCCCAUACAACGCUUCAGGCUCGCCCAGUGACAAACAUGGACAUUACGCGACUUUGGGUCUGUCCAAGCAACUCUGUCGAGAGUUUCUGGACGUGGGAGCGGAGGCUAGGGUGAACGAGUUCAUAUUGUAUAGGUAUGAUACACUGAGAGAGGCAGUCCCCCCGGGAGAUGCGAAGAAGCUCAGAAAGCUGAGCGAGGCUUUCGAUAGUGUCAAAAACUGUAUGUCGCUCAAACGUCUUGGUUUCAUUAUUAUUGAGCUGACGGUCUAA